AUGGCAAAGGUUAAGGAAGGAUUCAAUGUGAUCAUCGUCGGCGCAGGGCCGGCCGGCCUCCUCCUUGCCCUGAUGCUGGCACAGAAGGGCAUCUCGGUCACCGUUGUUGAGAAAGGGGACGAGAUAGACCGCAACCCCCGCGCCAGCUUCUACAACUCACCAACAAUCUACGAGCUGCGGCGCGCGGGGCUGAUGGAGGACAUCAUGAAGAACGCCUUCAUCCCGGACGGCGUGAGCUGGCGGAUCCUCGAGGUCGGCGGGGAGAAGACAUUCGAGCAGGUCUGCACCCUCCUGGCAGAUAAUCCACCAGGGGGGGAGACCAACAUAUCUUUGCCCUUGGACGAGCUGCUGCCGCUGAUGAAUGACCAUCUCGCGCGACACCCGAGCGGGAAGGUGCUGCUUAGCCACGAGGUCUUGUCUGUUGGCCAGGACGAGGACAAGGCUUGGGUGAAUGUGAAAACGCCGCAAGGUGAGAAGAGGCUCGAGGCGGAUUAUAUUGUCGGGUGUGACGGCGCGCCCAGCAAAGUCCGUCGCGAGCUGUUCGGCAGCGAAUUCCCGGGCUUCACAUGGGACAAGCAGAUUGUCGCCACAAACGUGUACUACCCCAAGUUCAAGGACUACAAGUGGACUUCGUCGACCUUCAUGAUCCACCCGGACCACUUCCCGAUGAUCGCGCAGCUGGCCAACGACGGCCUGCUGCGAAUCACGUACGGCGAGGACGCGGGUCUGACGAGGGAGCAGAUGCAGGAGCGGCUGCCGUGGAAGUUCAAGCAGUUUGUGCCCGGGGCGCCGGAGCCGGAUGAGUAUAAAGUCGUCAACUUCAGCCCGUACAAGAUCCACCAGCGCUGCGCCGAGAAGUUCCGGGUGGGGCGUGUCUGUCUCGCUGCUGAUGCGGCUCACGUAUGCAACCCUUUCGGCGGCAUGGGUCUCACUGGAGGCCUAGUUGACGCAGGCAAUCUCUUCGAUUGUCUGUACGGCAUAGCCACGGGCCAGCUCGACGACAGUAUCCUGGAUAAGUACUCUGAGGUCCGGAUCCAAAAGUACAACGACAUCAUCAAUCCAAUUUCCUCAAGCAACAUCCGCAGGGUGUGGGAUCCCAGCCCGGAGGCUAUCAAGGCAGACCCGUUCUUCCAGGCGGUAGAGAGGGCAAACAAGGACGAGGAGUUUGCAGAAGAGAUGAAAAAGGGCUUGCUUACUGUCAUGCAUGAUUUCACACAGUACUACAAGCCGCCUGCAGUCCAGAACGGGGCAUAG